CACGAGUCAUCUUCCUUACCCCCACCACAUCUUAAAAUGUCCACUGCUGAAGAGAUCGCCAAAGCAGCCAAGAUUGCUUUCGAGGAUUCGCAGCUCGUCGCAUCGUCUGAACGCGUGAAUGCCCUGCAUCACAUACGGCGAGCCUUGGAGUCAUGUAAGGCGGAAAUCCUAGCGGCGAACAAGGAGGAUCUGCAGGCUGCUCAAGUCGAAGUAGACGCAGGGCGGAUGACCGAAUCACUGCUGAAGCGCUUAGACCUGAACAAGGGCGACAAAUGGGACUCGAUGCUCGAGGGCGUUUCUCAAGUUGCAGACCUGCCGGAUCCUACCGGUAUUGUCUCCUACGCCAAGGCGCUGGAUGACGAUCUGGAGGUCUUUCGGGUUUCCUGUCCUAUUGGCGUUCUGCUUGUCAUAUUCGAAGCGCGUCCGGAGGUCGUGGUGAACAUCGCGGCUCUGGCAAUCAAGUCCGGCAAUGCUGCCAUUCUCAAGGGCGGAAAAGAAUCGAAUCGCACCACACAACUCCUCGCACAAGCGAUCGCAACGGGACUGUCUCAAUCGUCUCUCCCCAGCACCUAUGUGCAGACCAUCCAGACCCGGGCAGAGGUCUCAUCGCUUCUCUCGUUGGACCAAUACAUUGACCUUGUCAUACCACGAGGAAGCAAUGCUCUCGUGCGGAACAUCCAAAACAACACGCGAAUCCCAGUGAUGGGACAUGCUGACGGCCUGUGCCAUGUGUAUUUGGAUGAAUCGGCGGAUGCAGAAAAAGCUGCUCGUGUGGUCGUCGACUCGAAGAUCGACUACCCGUCUGCCUGCAACGCAGUUGAGACGCUCAUUGUACACAAAUCUCUGUUGCGAACUGUAUGGCCAGUGGUGGCUCGUGCGUUACUCGAAGUCAACGUCCGAAUGCUCUGCGAUUCCGCGACUCUCGAGGUGGUUCAGAAUCUGUCCCCAGCACCGCCGAACUUGACAACCCACAUCUCGCCCUCUACCCCCGAAUCCUACUCCACUGAGCAUCUGACGCUCACGCUCUCCGUCGUCACAGUCACCUCCCUGUCUGAGGCUGUCCGAUUCAUCAACUCCCACUCCUCGCACCACACCGAUUCCAUCGUCACGGAAAACGAGCAGGCCGGAGCUGUAUUCUGCCGGGGCGUCGACAGCGCUGGCACUUUCGUCAAUGCGAGCACUCGAUUUGCUGACGGAUUUCGAUUCGGGUUUGGGACGGAAGUGGGCAUUAGUACUGGGCGCAUCCAUGCUCGAGGGCCAGUGGGCCUUGAGGGUCUUGUGAUCUACAAGUACAUGCUUCGGAGUACUGGAGGCAAGGGUCACGUCGUCAGUGACUUUGCAGUUGGAGGGAAGCGAUUCACACAUUCAAAUCUACCGCUGCGACUACCUGCCUCUCUGUCUCAAUGAUCUAUACGUAUAUACUGUAUACGAUACUUUUCUAAGAGCAGUUUGAUCUGCUCGCUCAGCGUUCUGGGGCCAGUGAGCAUUCCGUGGAGCAAGGAAUCCGCCAGAAGCGCCUGUUGACCCAUGAACUAAUUAAUGAUUGAGACCUCGUGACCGUGUUUCUUCUUGCAUGACGUUCAGCUCAUGAUGUCACCCCAAUCCCCACAUCCUCUACUUACCUACCACCAUGUCCACAUCUCAAGUGCGCGAAACUCUGCUAUUCAAGCUAUCCAUGGAUCUCACACAUCUAUCAGGAUAAGAACUGGAAAGAGCGCGGACAAGCUUCUGAAGCUGCCUAUGCUCACAAGAAAGUGAGUCUGCUCAUUGGGAACCGGGCUUCGGUAAACUCAUCCGACCAGGAGCAAGAGCAGCUCGCUGCACUGCGAGCGUCUUCUCAGGCGAAGCAGACUUCCGAGUCAGCGACCAAGGCGGCCAAUGCGCGAGAUCGGGACUUCGAAGGAGGCUUUGGUGGACAGGAGGAUCUCGAGGAUCGCUACGCUACAACGAGCGGCGAACAUUGAUCGGGAGUCGGAAAGUGUAUAUCAGGAAUACCUGCGCAGGAGCGAAUGUCAAUGUUACAGGACUGUUCAGAAUCUGGAGCCUCCAGCCGCGACUUGGGAUGCACAAAAUCAGGGUUUGAUGCUCUCAUUUCCCUUGGUAUGUCCCCGACCCUACAUAUGCUACCCGAACUUGAGGAGCGAUCAACGUGCAAUCACAUCGACCAGGGAUUAAACGAAUAUUCGAGAUUAGAUUAGAUUAUUUGUUAUGAUGUCAUCUUCAUUAAUUGCAACAUCCGGUCCUUCGAGAUA